UUUCCAAGAUGGCGGGAAAUAGGAAAUUUUGCGAAUACUCAUGUUUCCGUUAGAUUCAAACUACUGUUAUUGGUUUUAUCAACAAAGUCAAUGCCCGGAAAAUGAAGUUCAGAGGAAAGAUUGUUGAUAUUGGAUGUAUUCAACACUUCACAAAGGUUGUUGGUACUGUGUCCAAGCUAAUCAAGACUUGUGUUCUACGAAUCACCCCCGACAAGGUCUACUUCAUUCUCUCGGAGCAAGCUGUCAAUGGAGGGAUUCAGAUCUGGUGUGAACUGCCCCAGGGUAAUUUCUUUGAUGAAUUUGCAAUGGAUGGCUUGUCUGCAGAUGCAAACGAGAUCUACCUGGAACUAACUCCUGAGAACUUGCUCCGUGCUAUGAAAACUGCACAGACUGCAAAGUGGGUCAAGAUAAAACUGACCAAGAAGCACAGUCCCUGUCUGACAGUGGAAGUCGAUCUGCCUACAAUCGGAUCUCACCAGCGGCUAGUGACACAUGACAUCCCGGUUCAUGUUGUUCCCCGGAGACACUGGCAGGACUUCGACGAACCAGAGAUGCCCCAGUUUGAUGUGAGUAUCGCCAUGCCUCCCAUCAAGUUGUUGAGGAAUGUUGUCGACAAGAUGAAAAACCUCAGUAAUUCAAUGGUUCUAUCAGCCAAUCAGAAUGGAGAGAUGAAGCUGAGUGUGGAGACGGAUAUGGUUUCAAUCAGCACACACUUCCAGGACUUACAUAACCCCACAUGGAGAAGAAAUGCCGAUAAUGCUUCUCAGAUAAGUCAGCACGAUAAGAACGAGAAAGAGUUUUCUGAAGCAAAAAUCGACAUUCGCCGAUUUGCCCAGUUCCUGUCAGGACAGCAAGUGAACCCAACUAGAGUCAUAUGCAAUAUAGUUGACAAGAGGAUAGUUCACAUCUUCAUGAUGCAUGAAGACGUGUCACUUCAGUACUUUAUGCCAGCCAUCAGCUCAUAAGUUGUACCAUUGAGACCUGUGUGUUGUCUUCAACAUGUGCUGGUGUAGAGGCUGAUCUACCAUCAGAUACCAGUGUUGCCUUCUACCAUUACUUGAGAAGGCAUGAAACUCUACCAUCGUACACCUGUGUUGCCUUCUACCAUUACUUGAGAAGGCAUGAAACUCAACCAUCGGACACCUGUGUUGUCUGCCACCAUUACUUACGUAGAAGGCAAGAAACUCUACCAUCGGACAACGCUGUUGCCUGCCACCAUUACUUGUGUAGAAGGCAUGAAACUCUACCAUCGGACAUCUGUGUUGUCUGCCACCAUUACUUGUGUAGAAGGCAUGAAACUCUACCAUCGGACACCUGUGUUGUCUGCCACCAUUACUUGUGUAGAAGGCAUGAAACUCUACCAUCGGACACAUGUGUUGUCUGCCACCAUUACUUGUGUAGAAGGCAAGAAACUCUACCAUCGGACACCUGUGUUGUCUGCCACCAUUACUUGUGUAGAAGGCAUGAAACUCUACCAUCGGACACCUGUGUUGUCUGCCACCAUUACUUGUGUAGAAGGCAUGAAACUCUACCAUCGGACACCUGUGUUGUCUGCCACCAUUACUUGUGUAGAAGGCAUGAAACUCUACCAUCGGACACCUGUGUUGUCUGCCACCAUUACUUGUGUAAAAGGCAUGAAACUCUACCAUCGGACACCUGUGUUGUCUGCCACCAUUACUUGUGUAGAAGGCAUGAAACUCUACCAUCGGACACCUGUGUUGUCUGCCACCAUUACUUGUGUAGAAGGCGAGAAACUCUACCAUCGGACACCUUUGUUGUCUGCCACCAUUACUUGUGUAGAAGGCAUGAAACUCUACCAUCGGACACCUUUUGUUGUCUGCCACCAUUACUUGUGUAGAAGACGAGAAACUCUACCAUCGGACACCUUUGUUGUCUGCCACCAUUACUUGUGUAGAAGGCGAGAAACUCUACCAUCAGACACCUGUGUUGUCUGCCACCAUUACUUACGUAGAAGGCAAGAAACUCUACCAUCGGACAACGCUGUUGCCUGACACCAUUACUUGUGUAGAAGGCAAGAAACUCUACCAUCGGACAACGCUGUUGCCUGGCACCAUUACUUGUGUAGAAGGAAAGAGACUCUACCAUCAGACACCUGUGUUGUCUGCCACCAUUACUUGUGUAGAAGGAAAGAGACUCUACCAUCAGACACCUGUGUUGUCUGCCACCAUUACUUGUGUAGAAAGCGAGAAACUCUACCAUCGGACACCUGUGUUGUCUGCCACCAUUACUUGUGUAGAAGCGAGAAACUCUACCAUCGGACACCUGUGUUGUCUGCCACUAUUACUUGUCCAGAAGGCAAAAAGUAUGAUGUGAACCGACCAGGUUACUGAUAAUGGACAAAUGAGGAAUAUGGUUCCUUCCUAUGAUUGUGACAAUGUUAUUAUUUAUGCAUUAUGUUGAAAUAAAUUAUUUUCUUAUCA